AUGAGAGGAAUAGUAUUUCAUGGAAAAGGAGAUAUAAGGUACGAGGAGUCGUAUCCUGAACCACAAAUUCAAAAUGCAGAUGAAGUCAAAUUAAAGGUAUCAUAUUGCGGGAUAUGUGGCAGUGAUUUACAUGAAUAUUUAGAUGGCCCAAUUUUCUUUAAGGAUGCAAGAAAUGAGGUAUCGAACAAGCCCAACGUUCAAUGUAUGGGACACGAGAUGUCUGGUGAAAUUGUUGAGAUUGGUUCUAACGUAAAGAGUUUGAAGGUGGGUGAUAAGGUUGUAGUUGAUGCUACGGGUACCUGUCUCGAUAGAGUCAGGUUUCCAGGCACCCCAAACUUCAAAAACAAGCCGUGCGGAUCUUGUGCCGAUGGAAUUUACAAUGCUUGUGAUCAUAUUGGAUUCACCGGAUUAGGCUUUGCAGAUGGUGGUUUUGCAGACUACUGCGUUGUUGGUGAGAGUCAUGCCAUUAGAUACCCAGAUACAAUUCCGGAUGAUGUUGCAGCUCUAACAGAACCAUUGGCAGUCGCAUGGCAUGCUGUGAGAACAUCUCAUAUUGAUUCAAAGGGAUCCGCAUUGGUAUUGGGUGCAGGGCCUAUUGGUUUGGGUACUAUCUUUGCCUUGAAGGGUCACCAAGUUCAAAAGAUAGUUGUUGUUGAACCAUCCUUGGCUAGAAGAAACUUGGCCCGUAAGUUUGGCGUUGAGGUAUUUGAUCCAUCAGGAUUCAAUUCUGUCGAAGAGACUGUUACUCAAUUAAGGAAGUUGUCGAAUAACGGUUAUGGGUUUUCUCACAGUUACGAUUGUUCAGGAAUACCUGCUACAUUUAAUAUGUCUGUACAAGCUUUGAAAGCAAAUGGUGUCUCGACUAAUUUGGCAAUUUGGCCACACAAAGCUAUAAAUUUCUUCCCGAUGGAUCUCACUCUUCAUGAGAAAUACCUCACAGGCUCCAUGUGCUAUGUCAGAAAAGAUUUUGAAGAAGUCAUACAGGCAUAUGAACAGGGACUAUUAAAUCCCCAUGAAGUAUCAGAAUUGAUCACUUCGGUUAUACCUUUAAAGGAUGGAAUUGAGAAAGGCUUUAAGGAACUAGUCUUUCAUAAAGAUAAGCACAUCAAGAUUUUAUUUGCCGUUAAUGGGAAAGUGUAG